AUUUUCCCAACCGGCUAAGCGAAAAAUGGCUACAUAUGGUAACGAGACAGUCGAUAACUAUCUUUACUCUUCUUACAACCCUUAUUCCUACAAAUACCCCAAGUUCAAGGGCUGGAGGCAGAAAGCUUACUUCGCCAACUACGGUGAAGGUGAGACCUACUACGAUAAUUACCACAGGGCGCAGCUUAAGUCCAUCUUGUCUCAGAUCAACCCCAACCUCACCCCGCGUCUGAGGAAAGCCAACACCAAAGACGUGGGGAUCCAGGUCAACCCGAAGACCGACGCGUCCAUCCAGUGCUCCCUGGGCCCGCGGACGCUUCUGGCCCGGAAGCGUGAUGACCUUCGCCGGCGGAGACAGGAGGUCCAGACCCCGGGGAGCCCCAUCAGCGGCGGCGUCCGCUUCCCGCGCACUCAAGCCGUUUACUCUCCGGUCGAGUCCAGGAGACUAGUGUCCCUCUUCAGGGAGGAGGAGGAGGAGGAAGAAAAGGACACUGAGCCUGAGACGGUGGACGGCGCAGAGAAGGUGGCGAGUGCUGAGAAAGACGAGCGCAAAGAGGGCGAGGAGAGCGUGAAGGAACCGCUUAGUCCCGAGAAAAAUGAAAACAAACAGACGGAAACAAAUGAGGAGAACAGAAACGAGCCGGAGAAAACCGGACAAGAAACCAAAUCCAAGGCUCGCGUGAGGUUCCAGUUUUUGGAGCAGAAGUAUGGCUACUAUCACUGCAAAGACUGUAACCUACGCUGGGAAAGUGCUUAUGUGUGGUGUGUCCAAGGCACAAACAAGGUGUAUUUCAAGCAGUUUUGCAGAACAUGUCAGAAAUCAUUCAACCCAUACCGGGUUGAGGACAUAACCUGUCAGACUUGUAAGAAGACUCGCUGUACAUGUUCUGUAACAUCACGUCAUGUGGACCCCAAACGACCUCACCGACAGGAUCUGUGCGGCCGUUGCAAAGGCAAGCGUCUCUCCUGUGACAGCACGUUCAGCUUCAAAUACAUCAUCUAGCACCUCGGUCCGUUGCAGUCAGGCUUGGUUGUUGCCCAGCUGGAUUGUCCACCCCAGUCUCUGUACCCUCACUGCUCAAAGACUGUGGUGGGGAUCCAUCAGUCACUACAGUCUCAUUUGUUUUUGUUUUGCUUUAAUUUGUACUUGCAGUAACUGUAGGUGCCAAUUCUGAAAAAUAAAAAUGGCAAUUACUAGCACAUCUGGAGUGUUUUCUCUU